GUAUUUAUUACCUUGCGACCACUGCCCGCAAUCAUGUUAGGCUUAAGCAAAUUCAUUCCAUCUUCUGCCUCGCUGCAACCUGAAUUCCAAGCACCCGUGUAACGCUAUGGCAACUUUGCGUCAGUAUACCAGCCUCCGAGACACUGUGAGGGCGGAAAUAGCCAGGUUCUACCCCUGCUCGGACAGCUCCUCGGGCAUAUCGACCCCGGAAGAGAAGGCAUCUGCCCUGAUACCUGGGGUGCAAAUCUCUCGUCCAGACGAGCAAGAUGGCUCUGUUACCUUUCUGGUUGGCUGGAAAGACGGAGACCUUCACAAUCCUCAGAACUGGAGCCGCCCCAAGAAAUGGUUUUGCACGGUAGCAACCUGUCUAAUCGCCUUGGCCAUCACCAUCCCUGGUACCAUAGACGCCCCAGUCUCCGAUGCCUUUAAUGAACACUAUGGCGUGGGUGCAAUUGCGGGGUCCAUGACCACCGGUAUGUAUUUAAUAGGUGUGGGCUUUGGCUCGCUGUUCGUCGGUCCUAUUUCGGAAACUUUUGGCCGCAAUUUUGUCUAUUUCACCAAUUUGGCUAUUUUCAUGCUGUUCGUCAUGGGAAAGGCACUGGCUCCUAAUUACGGCGCUGCUAUUGUCUUUCGCUUCCUAACCGGUUUCUUUGGUGCCGCCCCAAUGACCGUUGCGGGUGGCACGGUGGGUGAUCUCUGGAGCCCUCUCGAGCUCACGUUUAGCCUACCGUUUGUAACUUUGGCGUCGUACUCUGGGCCUAUCCUUGGCCCUAUAAUUGGAGCUUACAUUCCAAAAUCCGCAUUUAACUGGGUGGACUGGAUCUCUCUCAUCAUCGCUGGAGCAGUCUUCAUAUUUGUGGCCAUAUUCCAGCCGGAAACCUACGGCCCGUUGCUACUGCAAUGGAGAGCCAAGCAUCUUCGAGAUCAGACAGGAGAUUCUCGCUACCAGGUCGAUGAGUAUGCAUCCGCCAGCUCUCUUGGUCGUCGUCUUCUUGUCAAUGUCUACCGUCCUUUUCAGAUGACCUACACUGAGCCGAUCAUCCUGGUUUUCUCCUUCUAUUUGGUCCUCUUAUACAUUGUAUUGUUCACCUUUCUGAAUGGAUUUCCCUUCAUCUUCACCGACACUUACGGGAUCUCCACCUCCCUCACCUACGUCAUCUUCGUGUCUAUGCUUGCGGGAGACGCCGUUGCCCUCGUGCUCAUACCGAUCCUCUAUCGUUGGACCAAGCAGGCGGCGGCUAAGGCUGCGGCCGAAGGAAAAGUCCUACAGGCGGAGGUAUCACUCUAUUGGGCAAUGCUUGGGGGUUCGAUUUUGAUGCCAAUCUCCUUGUUCUGGAUGGGAUGGACCUGCUAUCCCGGUGUCAGCAUCUGGUCACCAAUUAUCAGCACGUUCGUUUUCGGCUACUCUCUCGUCACCAUCUUCACGGCGACGUACCUCUACAUCUGUUUCGUGUACACAACCUAUGCCGGUUCCGCCCUCGCCUUCGUCUCGUUUAGCCGCUAUGUCAUCUCUGGCGCAUUACUGCCCGCAUCUGUGCCGAUGUACCAACAUAUGACUCCACACUGGGUGCUCACCAUGGUGGGUAUCUUGGCUACCAUCAUGGCUCCUGUGCCAUUCUUACUCUACCGCUAUGGCUACCGGAUCCGGGCUAUGAGUAAGCACGUUCAGAAUAAGGCUUGA